CGCCACGCACCUAACCUCAAUUAAAUACCGCAUCACAAAACGGACCGCGACGCAGUCACCACCACGGCACCACCACCGCCGCCGCCGCCGCCCCGAGCUCCCGCACUCCAAGGCCGACGCCUUCUCCCGUCCACGCGGCGCGCACCCCUCCGCUCUCGAAACCCUAGCGGCGCGCGCCACCAUGGCGGCCACCGCGGCCGCGCCGGGGGCCGCGUCCUACCUGCUCCUCUCCCCGCGCCGCAGCCGCGCCGCCUCGCCGUCGUUCCGCGCCGCCGCCCCGCGCUUCCGCUCGCCGAGGUGCGUGCUCGGGAGCGAGCAGCUGCGCGUGGUGGAUGGGGUGAAGCGGACGGGCGGGGUCGAGCCGCGGGGCGCGGUGUGGACGCCGAAGGCGCCCGCGCCGGAGGCCGGGCUCGCGGCGCUGCCAAGGGAGGUGCGGGACUCCCGGAUGAAGAUCUUCUCCGGCACGGCCAACCGCCCGCUCUCCCAGGAAAUUGCUGCUUACCUGGGUGUAGACCUCGGCAAGAUCCUCAUCAAGCGCUUUGCUGAUGGAGAAAUUUAUGUUCAACUACAAGAGAGCGUGAGAGGAUGUGAUGUGUUCUUGGUCCAACCAACAUGCUCUCCUGUCAACGAAAACCUCAUGGAACUCUUCAUCAUGAUUGAUGCAUGCCGGCGGGCUUCAGCACGGUCUAUUACUGUUGUCAUUCCAUACUUUGGGUAUGCCAGAGCAGACAGAAAGGCUCAAGGGCGUGAGGCCAUUACUGCCAAACUUGCUGCAAAUUUACUUACAGAAGCUGGAAGUGACCGUGUCAUUGUGUGUGAUAUUCAUUCUACACAAGCUUUGGGGUACUUUGAUAUUCCUGUGGAUCAUAUAUAUGGACAGCCUGUGAUUCUGGAUUACCUUGCCAGCAAGACAAUAUCUGAAGAUCUUGUGGUUGUUUCUCCUGAUGUGGGUGGUGUUGUCAGAGCACGUGCAUUCGCCAAAAAAUUAUUUGAUGCUCCUUUAGCUAUUGUUGAUAAAAGAAGACAGGGUCACAACAUGUCAGAGGUCAUGCACUUAAUUGGUGACGUGAAAGGGAAAGUUGCUAUCAUGGUUGAUGAUAUGAUUGACACAGCAGGGACAAUCACAAGUGCUGCAGCUUUGUUAAAACAGGAGGGAGCUGAAGCUGUUUAUGCUUGUUGUACGCAUGCUGUUUUCAGCCCUCCUGCAAUUGAAAGGCUUUCUGGAGGCAUCUUUGAGGAAGUCAUAGUGACGAACUCAAUCCUGUUGCCAGAAGACAAAUGUUUCCCUCAGCUGACGGUGCUUUCAAUGGCAAACCUUGUAGCAGAAACAAUCUGGCAUGUCCAUCGUGAUGGCUCCGUGAGCAGCAUCUUCCAAUAACGAUAAUGUGUCACCUCGUCCGUCUCACAUUCAUGCAGUAUAGAGAAGGUACCUAGUGCCUGUCCUGUUUUUGUAGGGAGUCAGUUUUGGCGGCAAGAUAUAAUAAUGUGGUAUUGCCAAAGAUAUAAUAAGGUGGUAUUGCUGAUGUAAGCGGGGUGACCAUUUUGGCACCAUGAUACUGAAUAUAGGGUGUUGAGCUCCGAACCUGCCUCUUGAUGUGGAGGCUCAGUGGUAGCAUAAAAAAACAAGACCCGGGCAUGUCACUCACAUAAUUCUUUGGAUAUUGUGGGGCAAGAGACUCGGCUGUUCAUGCCGUCCAGACAAUAAAUCAUAUCAAUGACAGUAUGAGUAGCUCCGUUGAAUCA